CUCGGUGUGGCGACCUGUUCGCUUGAUUCAAAUCAAUGGGCGUCAAGAAGAGCAUGCUACCAGUGGAGGAGGUUUUGAAAGGAGCCAUUGAAUAUGUACCCCUGCGCGUUGGAGCUCCACGUUCGUCUGGGAUGCCCCUGCGGAUAUUUGCAUGGGUUGUAGAGUCGCAACUGAUCGGGAAGGUUGUACUAGCCUACUUCAUGCGACUCAAUCGCUUGCCUCAGAUGCUUUGCGACACUGCAAUUCCAGAUUCCCCAAUGUUCCUGCCCGAAUACCCAGACGACACAAUCGGAGAACCUGCAACAAAGGUUCUAGCCUCAGAUUUAGGAGCGAUUUCUCGUGUCGACGCGGCCAUCGAGUGCCUUCCGUCUUACAUCUCGAGGAGCCAGCGUCUUGGCGACGGAUAUCCUUUCAAGUUCUGGUGUAUAAGGGAUUAUGCAGGAGCAUAUCGAUCGGGAAGAACAACUCCGAUGGAGGUAGCCGAGCGCUUUAUUCAAGCUGUAGAAGAUUCUGAAAGGCUGAGUCCUCCAAUGGCUUACAUGAUAUCCUUCGACGCGUCCGACAUACGUAAACAAGCAGCAGCAUCCGCGGAACGUUUUGCCUCAGGUUCUCCUCUAUCAAUGCUGGAUGGCGUCCUGAUCGUCGUAAAAGAUGACAUAGACUGCCUUCCGCACGAGAGCAGAGGAGGAACACAAUGGCUCCAUAAGUACAGAGAGGUGAAAACGGAUGCAGCCUGUGUUGCAAGACUGCGGGAGUGUGGAGUUAUAUUUGCAGGAAAAACAAACAUGCAUGAGCUCGGAAUGGGAACCACUGGAAAUAAUCCAUAUUCAGGAACUGCAAGGAAUCCUUAUGAUACUACGAGAUAUGCUGGAGGUUCUUCGUCAGGCUCAGCUGCCGUAGUUGCGUCUGGUUUAUGUCCGGCAUCACUGGGAACUGAUGCUGGAGGGUCCAUAAGAAUACCUUCGGGAUUGUGCGGACUGGUGGGUUUGAAGUGCACUUUUGGACGUAUAACUCUCUCUGGGCUUGUGCCGGUUGGAUGGACUCUAGAAGCGGUUGGGCCUAUCGCAGCUAAUGUAGAGGAUGCAUUGAUCGUGUAUUCAGCCAUGAUAGGGAGCGGUCCAUCUGACGUUGUUUAUUCAAAACCACCUCCUCCAUGUUUGCCGCUAUUCAAUCAUACAAGCUUCCAGCAACUAAAACUCGGAAUCUAUACCGAUUGGUUCACCGAUGUAUCUCCUCCUGAAGUAGCAACCAUCUGUAGGAUGGCUGUCGACCGAUUCUGUGAGAGAUACUCUUCUCGCAUCAAUGAGAUCGCAAUACCGGAGCUUGAGGAGUUGCGAAACGGCCAUCUUGUGACUACAGGUUCUGAAAUAUGCACAUGCUUGAAUUCAAUCUACAAAUACGGGAGGAAAAGUACCUGCCAUGAAACCCGAGUGAUUAUCGCGUUGUUUAAGCAGUUCCAGUCGAGCCUCUAUGUUUCAGCACAGCGCCUGCGGAGACGGCUGAUGUUCUACCACAUGGAAAUUUUCAGGACAGUUGAUGUGAUCGUCACUCCUACGACAGGGGUUACUGCUCCUUUUAUACCGGCAGACGCGAUCAGCACCGGGGAAACAGACCUCGCAACACACGCUGAUCUUAUGAGGUUCAUAGUUUCAGCCAACUUUUUGGGACUUCCUGCUGUUUCCGUACCAGUUGGCCACGACAAGCAGGGCCUUCCGGUUGGGCUGCAACUCAUUGGCAAGCCAUGGCAAGAAGCAACGUUGCUCCGUAUCGCUUUUGCAAUUGAGGAGCUGUGCGCCAAAGCGAGGAGAAAGCCGGCUGUCUUCUACGACAUGUUGUAAGGGUCUGUAAACUCACGGGUCUGGUUUCAGGAAGGUGUGGCAGUAGGAGAAGUUCAUUGCACUGCCUCUGGGCGCUCUCACUUAUUUCCCUGCGCCUCUCUCUCGUUAUAAGGGCGAGCGCGGACGAGCUCUUGAGGAACAUCGUGCUUUUGGUUGCUUGCUUGCUUCUCUCAGCAGCGUUGGCAUGGGCGGAGCGCGCAUCCUGGUUGUUGUAGCUUUGCUUGCCUCACUGCUGCUCCAUGUCGGACUUGUAGCGGCCGCUGUGGAUUGCAGCGCUGCGCAGCAGGCAAUGUUUCCUUGCCUCUCGGCGGCGGUGGGAGGCAAUCCACCGCCACCCUCGGUUGCCUGUUGCGCCGCCAUGAAAAGCGUGUCCAAGCUUGAGAUGUGCCAGUGCCUCGUGAAUCAAACGUCCACGGUGCCAGGCCUCAACAUGACUGCCGCCAGAAACAUCCCGGCGAACUGCAACAUCUCCGCCGCCGCCGACUGCUCCUGAUUUCACCUGCAAUGCUCUUGUGUAUGUUCCCAUAUAUUAACAAUCAAUGCUUUAAGAUACCUUGUGGA